UUUGCUUGGACCGUAAGUUGCUUUUGCUUCAUCUUGUUUCUCUUUUCGUAGGGUUUCGUGUCCGUUUUUGGCCAUUAUCUUCAAAGGCUGUACCUUUGAGCUCAAUCCAAAUUCCAGAAAAAAAAACAAGAGAGAAUAUUAUAAAAAAAGAGCUUAGUUGGAUGGUUACGAAUCAGAGGGAUUGUUAUGAGGUUCGGUGGUUUGAGCUUUGAAGCUGAUGUGGAAGAUUGGUUGGAAGAACAAACGGAUUUUUUUUUGGUUGAAAUGAGGAAUUCUGGAAUAAUUUAGAAACUAUGAGUUGCAACGAAGAAGAAACAAGAAACGUCGUCGUUUCGAACGGGUCGAUGACGGCUGCUCAAGAGUUGACCUUCGAUCAAAAUUUGCUCAUUGACCCGAAAUUGUUAUUUAUCGGCUCCAAAAUCGGAGAAGGAGCUCACGGUAAAGUUUACGAAGGAAGGUAUGGUGCUCGGAUUGUUGCGAUUAAAGUUCUUCACCAAGGGAGGACCGCCGAGGAAAGGGCUGCGCUCAAGAGUCGUUUUGUUCGCGAAGUUAACAUGAUGUCUCGAGUGAAACACGAUAACCUUCUCAAGUUCUUUGGAGCUUGUAAGGACCCGUUGAUGGUUAUAGUGACCGAGCUGUUACCGGGAAUGUCCCUCCGGAAGUAUUUAGUUAGCAUCCGUCCGAAGGUUUUGGACCUCCGCGUGGCUUUGAAUUUUGCACUGGACAUCGCCCGAGCCAUGGAUUGUCUGCAUGCCAAUGGGAUUAUACAUAGGGAUCUAAAGCCUGACAACUUGCUGCUUACUGCAAACCAGAGGUCCGUGAAACUCGCAGAUUUUGGUCUUGCGAGGGAAGAAACUGUGACAGAGAUGAUGACUGCAGAGACCGGAACUUAUCGUUGGAUGGCCCCUGAGUUGUAUAGCACGGUGACGUUGCGUCGGGGAGAGAAAAAGCAUUACAGUAACAAAGUUGACGUCUACAGCUUUGGAAUUGUCUUAUGGGAACUGUUGACCAAUCGAAUGCCAUUCGAGGGCAUGUCGAAUCUACAGGCAGCUUAUGCUGCUGCUUUUAAGCAAGAGCGACCUAGCCUUCCAGACGAUAUAUCCCCCGAACUGGCGUUUAUCAUACAGUCAUGCUGGGUCGAGGACCCUAACAUGAGGCCAAGUUUCAGCCAGAUAAUGCGUAUGCUGAAUGCAUUUCUCUUCACGCUCACGCCCCCACCGUCCAUACCGGAAUCCGACACCAGCGAGACUGCAGAAACAAGUAACGGAGCCAUGACCGAGUUAUCCUCUCGAACAAAGGGUAAGUUUGGUUUCCUUCGCCAAUUGUUCACUGCCAAGAAGACAAGAAACUCUCAUUGAGGUUAAAGUUU